AUGGGUAUCGAUUUGCAGCUCCUCCAGAAUGACAAGGGCGGCGACUUUGAGGGCGUGUGCGCGUCGCAGAAGAAGCGCUUCGCUUCCGAGGAGCUCGUGCACGAGGUUCUCGCGAUGUACAAGGAGUGGACGAAGACCCAAUUCGACACCCAGCAGUUGCAGAAGGAGGUCAACAAGAUCCAGAAGGACAUCGGCGCCUGCAUGAAGGCGAGUCGCCAACAGGACAUGAAGGACGCGGCGAAGAAGGAGGAAGCGAGCAAGAAGGUUGAGGAGCUCAAGGCGCAGAAGGCAGACAUGGACGCCAAGAUUGUCGGUCUUCGGGCGCAGGCGGUUGAGCAGGAGACGGCAAUGCGCAGGAAGGGCAACACGAUCGGCAACAUUGUUCACGAAAGUGUGCCGGUCAGCGACAACGAGGACAACAACAAGGUUGAGCGGACGUUCUACCCGAAGGACGCGAACGGCGACUCGGCACCUCCUGUCAAGGGAGCCGGUUUGACCAUGAAGGAGGGCGUUCUUUCGCACCACGAAGUCAUGUACCGGUUGGGCAUGCUCGAGAUGGAGCGAGGCACCAAGGUCGCUGGCCACCGCGGCUACUACCUCGUCGGUGAUGGUGUCGACCUCAACCAGGCGCUUAUCACCUACGGCCUCGACUUCCUGCGCAGCAAGGAGUACAAGAAGGUCCAGCCUCCCUUCUUCAUGAACAAGGCGAUGAUGGGCAAGACGGCGCAGCUCGAGGAGUUUGACGAGGCGCUGUACAAGCUUGAGGGCUCGAACGAGGAAACGGAGAAGUACCUCAUCGCGACGUCUGAGCAGCCCAUCUCGGCCAUGCACGCCGACGAGUGGUUCGAGAAGCCGUCCGAGCAGCUCCCGAUCAAGUACGCCGGUUACUCGACCUGCUUCCGUAAGGAGGCCGGCUCGUCUGGUCGCGAUGUCCUCGGUGUCUUCCGUGUCCAUCAAUUCGAGAAGGUUGAGCAGUUCUGCAUUACCGACCCGUCCUCUUCCUGGGAGAUUUUCGACCAGAUGAUCGCCAACUCUGAAGAGUUCUACCAGUCCCUCGGCCUCCCCUACCAGCUCAUCUCUAUCGUCUCUGGCGCGCUCAACAACGCCGCUGCGAAGAAGUACGACCUCGAGGCCUGGUUCCCUCACCAGGGCGAGUACAAGGAGCUCGUCUCCGUCUCGAACUGCACGGACUACCAGUCCCGCAGCCUCGAGGUCCGCUGCGGAAUCAAGAAGCAGGGCGACACGCGCAAGGUCUACGUCCACAUGCUCAACGGCACUCUCUGCGCCACCGAGCGAGCAUUGUGCUGCAUCGUCGAGAACUACCAGACUCCCGAGGGUGUCAUGAUCCCCGAGCCUAUGCAGAAGUACAUGCAGGGCAGAACAUUCCUCCCGUAUGUGCGCGAGCUCCCGACUACAGCGGCGCAGAAGCCGGCGAAGCAAAAGCACUGA